AUGUUGCGAGGCCUAUUAGGUCUCGCAACGGAAGGCGGAGCGGGAGCAGGCGGAGGAGGAGGAGGAGGAGGAGAAGGGACUGAUGUUCAACAAUCGAAAGGAGGAUCGUUGGAGUUGAACGGGAAGGGAGCGCUUGCGCCGGAGAUUCACGCGUGCUUGGGUCGCCUUGAAGCGAGGUUUGGCGGAGGGAGGACGGCGGUUGAGGCGAUUGAACAAUGGGUGAAUUCUCAGGUGGAGAAUAAGGUGUCAGGAUCGGUGCCAAGUGGUGGGGAACGGCUGGACAAGGUGAGCGCCCCGACAGCUGUUGGUGUGGUUGACGGGGCGAGCGAAGCAGGCGAAGUCGAACGAGCUGUGAUUGCGGAAGCUGUAUCAGCCACCGGCGAAAACUGGUUACCAGGUAAACUGGCGGCUGGUUCGCUUGAGAAGCAACAGGCGCAAUCAAAGGUCGGUCUUGCUCGGGGCCUGGAGCCCUGGGCUGGUACUAACGGGGAUGCUCUUAAAGGAGCGCUGCUGCAACUCUUGGAGAAGGAAGAGGCGCGGCUGGAGGGAGGCAUCCAACGGCUAGAAAUCGAUUCCGAGCGUAAGAUCUGCGAUCUGAGGGAGGAGAUGGAGCGAGCGGUGAGCGGCGAGGGGAGGAAGCGGGAAGCUGAGCUGGACCGGAUGGUGAAUCUGCUUAUAACGGAGGCGGCGCACAGGCAACAGCUGGAAGAGGAGAUUAAAGCCGUGCAGGAGCAGUGGGCGAAGAAACUCGAGGAGGCACGGGCGCAGCAGCAGGCGCAGCAGCUAGAGGAAAUGGCAAGGGUGAGGAGAGAGAUGGAGGAGAUUAGGGAGCAAUGGCGGGCGCAGCAGGAGCAAGCGAACGACGCGCUGAGGGCAGAGAAGGAAGCGGUGAGGAAACAGAUGGAGCAGAUGCGCGAGGAGUGGCGCGUGCAGCAGGCUCAGGCAAACGAGGCUUUAAUUGGUCCUAUGGAGGAGAUUCGUGAGGAGUGGAGAGCUGCGGGCCUGGGCGGGAGGGUGAAAAGCCUGGAGGAGCGGCUGGACGGGGUGGAGAGCGGUGAGCAUGACAUGGAGAGCCGGAUUUUGCAGAAGGUGUCUGAAAUGAGGGUAGAGGCUGGGCUGGAGGUGGAUAGGGUUGAGAAGAUCGUUAGUGAGAAGGUGGAUGGGCUGAAACAGGAGCUGGACGGGAGGAUUGAGGGGAGUCAGCAGAAGGUAGAGCAGUUGGAGGAGCUUUGGAUGGGUGCGGAUGUGCCUGGGAUGGUUGCGCGGAUUGAAACGGGGGUGAAGUGUAAUAAGAUUGUGAUUGAAGCGGUGGAUAGGCGCGUGAGGGAGCAGGCGGAGGGGCAGGAGAGGUUAAUGGAGGAGGCGGAGAGGAAAGCGAGGAUGGUUGAGGAGAGUGUGGAGGAGAGAGUGAGAAAGGUGGAGGAGAGUGUGGGGGAGAGAGUGGGUAAGGUAGAGGAGAAUGUGAAGAAAAUAGAGGAGAGUGUGGGAGAGAGAGUGAGGAAGCUUGAGGAGAGUGUGGGAGAGAAGGUGGUGAAAUUAGAAGAGGGUAUGGAGGAGAGGGCUAAGAGGGUGGAAGAGAGUGUGAUGGCGGGAGUGAGGAAUCUAGAGGAGGUGGUUAAGGAGGUGGAGAAACUUGAAGAGAAGAGCGUUGAGGAGAGAGUGGGGGAGGUGGCGGGGAGUGUUGAGGAGCGUGUGAAAGAAAUUGAAGGGAAAUUAGAAGAUAGGCUGAAGAAGGUAGAGGAGAGUGUGGAGGAGAGAGUGAGAAAGAUUGAGGAGAGUGUGGGGGAAAGCGUGAGGAAGGUGGAGGGUGUGGAGAAGGUGGGGGAAGCAGAGAAUGGUAUAGAGGAGAGGGUGAAAGGAGCAGAAGCGAGUGUGGAGGAGCGAGUGGGGAGACUGGAGGGGAGUGUGGCGGAGAGUGUGAGGGAGCUGAGGGGGGAGAUCAACGCUGUGGGACAGCAGGCUGCGGAGGUGGGGAGAGUGGUGUUGGAAAUUAGCAAGGCGGUUGCAGAGCAGGUACGAGUGGGGAGGUUGGGGGGGAGUGCGGAGGGGGCUGUGGAGGAGAGUGUGAGGGAGCUGAAGGGGGAGAUAGACGCCGUUGGGAGGCAGGCUGCGGAGGUGGGGAGAGUGGUGUUGGAAAUCAGCAAGGCGAUCAGCAGCAAGAUUAGCAACGAGGUUGCAGCAACAGCAAGCGAGGGGGUGGAGGGGAGUGGACUUCUGGCGGAGGUGGUUCUGAUUGGUCGGGAGGUGGCGAGUGUGGGAGCAGCAAUAGCUGCGGGUGUUAAGGAGCAAGAGGGGAGGAAGGAGGAGGUUAAGUGUCUAGAGGACGUGGUGCUGAUUGGUCGAGAAGUGGCCCGGGUGGCAGCAGAAAUUGCCAAGGGUGGAAAAGAACAGAUGAGCGGAAUCAAAUCUGAGGAGGAGAUCAGAUCUCUGAUUGCAGCUGAGCUGGCAGCUGCUGGUGUGGUGCAGCAGCAGCAGCAGCAGCAGCAGCCGGCAGAAGCAGCAGCAGCAGCCUUGGACGAAGCUUCCAAGAAGGUGGAGCACCUGCAGAAGCUCCUGGAAGAGCAGCAGCACAAGGCUGACGCGGCAGCUGCUGACGUGGCAUCCACGAUCCAACAGCUUUCAGAUAAAAUCUCCGCGUUGGAGCUGAAGCAGGCGCAGACCACGUCAGCAGCAGCAUCAGCCGCGUCAGCAGCGUCAGCCGCUGUUGCAGUGACCCACGCUGCGUUCCCCCGUGCUGCCUCCGUAGGGGCGAGUGUUCUGACCUCCCCUGGAGGCCCUAAGACAAUCACAGCAGCGGCAGAGGCGGCGGCUGCGAUUGUGGCGGACCGAGGGUGGGUGCAGCAGCAGCUGUCAGAGCAGGAGGAGAAGUUAAGGUGGAGAAUGGAGGCUUUGCAACGAAUGGCGAGUGUUUCCUUGGAGAAGGCGCAUAAGCAGGCUGAAGAGGGCGCUGCGAUUCUUGCAGCUGUGAAAGCAGCAGCAGGGGCUAGUGCAGGGGCGGAAAGGGGGGCAGCUGCAGGGGGAGCGGCAAUGGCUGGAACAGGGGAAGCGGCAGCUGAAGGGGAAGGGGCAGGGGCAGAGGCAGGAGAAGUGGCAGCGGCAGCAGCAGCAGUGGCGGACAGAGGGUGGGUGCAGCAGCAGCUGGCAGAGCAGGAGGUAAGGUUUGAAAGGCGCGUGCAGGGGAUGCAGCGGAUAGCAGAGUUUGGCGUCCAGCGGGUGGGACAGCUGGCGGUGCGGGCGGCAGAUUUCGACAGUAUGCUGAAGCAGGUCCAGGAGGUGAUGGCGGCGCUGGCUGCGCGAGUGCGGGGGCUGUUGGAGCAGCAGGUUGGGAGAAACGCGGAAAUAGAAGCGCUGGUGGGGUGGAAAGCGCGGAUUGAGGGGGUUUUGGAGCAGCAGGCGGGGAGAAACGCGGAGAUAGAUGCGCUAGUGGCACUGAAAGCGCGGGUGGAAGGGGUUUUGGAGCAGCAGGCGGAGUGGAAUGCGCGAAUUGAUGCAAUGAUGAAGGAGGUGGGGGCGAAGGACUUGUCAGCUCAGGUGGAGGAGCUGCCACGCAGCAAGUCCCAGGAGCAGCAAGCGCCUUGCGAGUCGACUCAGCAGGAGUAUGUCGAGUCAAUUCAGCAAGAGCUGCAGCCGCAGAGCACUCCUGAAACACCCCAGGACUUGACAGCGCAAGUGGAGGAGCUGCUACGUUCCCAGGCCCAGGAGCAGCAAGCGCAGCAAGAGCUGCAGCCGCAGAGCACUCCUGAAACACCCCAGGACUUGACAGCGCAAGUGGAGGAGCUGCUACGUGCCCAGGCCCAGGAGCAGCAAGCGCAGCAAGAGCUGCAGCCGCAGAGCACUCCUGAAACACCCCAGGACUUGACAGCGCAAGUGGAGGAGCUGCUACGUUCCCAGGCCCAGGAGCAGCAAGCGCAGCAAGAGCUGCAGCCGCAGAGCACUCCUGAAACACCCCAGGACUUGACAGCGCAAGUGGAGGAGCUGCUACGUGCCCAGGCCCAGGAGCAGCAAGCGCAGCAAGAGCUGCAGCCGCAGAGCACUCCUGAAACACCCCAGGACUUGACAGCGCAAGUGGAGGAGCUGCUACGUUCCCAGGCCCAGGAGCAGCAAGCGCAGCAAGAGCUGCAGCCGCAGAGCACUCCUGAAACACCCCAGGACUUGACAGCGCAAGUGGAGGAGCUGCUACGUGCCCAGGCCCAGGAGCAGCAAGCGCAGCAAGAGCUGCAGCCGCAGAGCACUCCUGAAACACCCCAGGACUUGACAGCGCAAGUGGAGGAGCUGCUACGUUCCCAGGCCCAGGAGCAGCAAGCACAGCAAGAGCUGCAGCCGCAGAGCACUCCUGAAACACCCCAGGACUUGACAGCGCAAGUGGAGGAGCUGCUACGUUCCCAGGCCCAGGAGCAGCAAGUGCAGCAAGAGCUGCAGCCGCAGAGCACUCCUGAAACACCCCAGGACUUGACAGCGCAAGUGGAGGAGCUGCUACGUGCCCAGGCCCAGGAGCAGCAGGCGCCUUCCCAGUCAACUGAUCAAGAGGUGCAGCAGCAGCUGCAGUUCACUCUUGAAACGCCACAGGACUUGUCAGCGCAAGUGGAGCUGCUGCGUGCCCAGGCCCAGGAGCAGCAGGCACAGCUGCUGCAGCUGCAGCUGUCCCUCGAGGAGAACGCCAAGCAGCUGGCUCUGCUUGAGAGGGCAUGCCGAGAGAAAGAGAAAGAAAAGGCCGGUGCUGCUGCUGUGACUGUUGAGGUGGGUUCAGAGGAGCAGGCGAAGCAGGAGGGUUUGGUGGAAAGGGAGUGUCUGGAAAAGGCCGGUGCUGCUGCUGUGACUCUUGGAGAGACUCCAGAGGAACAAGCGCGGCAAGUGGCUGUGUUGGAAAAAGCGUGCAAGGUGAUGGCCGACGCUGCUGCUGUUUUUGAGUCUACGGAGGUGUCAGCUAGGGGUUGUGAAGAGGGGGCGUGUCAGGAGAAAGCCAGUGCUGCUGUGACUGUUGAGUCGACUCCAGAGGAGCACGCGAGGCAAGUGGCUGUGUUGGAAAAGGCAUGUCAAGUAAUGACAGAUGCUGCUGCGGUUCUUGAGUCUAUGGAGGUGCCAGCUAGGGGUUGUGCGGAGAGUAGGGAGCGCAAGGAGAGAGCAGGCUCUCUUGAGUCGACAAGAGUGGGUGCUCUUGAGUCGACAAGAGUGGGUGCUCUUGAGUCGACACCGCAGGUGUCUGCUAGUGCUUGUGGAGAGGAGGCGGACAUUGCUGCUGCUGUUGUUUCAGAGUCAACACAGGUGUCAGUUUGUGCAUGUGAAGAGAGCAGGGAGUGUAUGGGGAGAGUGGAUGCUCUGGAGUUGACUCAGCAGCAGCAUGCCCAGCAGCUAGCUCUGCUGGAAAGGGUGUGCAGGGAGAAAGCAGAGGCUGCUGCGGCUGUUGAGCUGGCUCAGGAGCAGCACACGAGGCAGCUUGCUGUGCUUGAAAGAAUCUGUCGGGAGAAGGCAAACGCUGCUGCAACUCUUGAGCUGACGCAGAGGCAGCAUGCGAGGCAGUUGGCUGAUUUGGAAAGGAUGUGCAGAGAGAGGACGGAGAGUGAAGGUGAGAGGGAGAGGCAGCAGCAGCAGCAGGAGCAGCACGCCAGGCAGUUGGCUGUACUGGAGAGAAUGUGCAGGGAGAAAGCAAAUGCUGCUGCAACUCUUGAGCUUACGCAGAGGCAGCACGCGAGGCAAUUGGCCGAUCUGGAAAGGGUGUGCAGGGAGAGGAUGGAGAGCGAAGGUGAGAGGGAGAGGCAGCAGCAGCAAGAGAGUGCCUCGGUGAUGCCUCAGCAGGAAGGGCGGCAGCAGCAGCAGCAGCCGGAGGAGGAGCGUGCAUUGGCAGUGCAGGAACUGAGAAAGAAGUGGGAGGGCAUGAAAGGUGCUGGUGGGAGUGCAGCCGGGGCCGCAACAACGGGAGGAGCAGGCACAGGCACAAGAAUCGGCACAGCCACAGGAAGUGUGAGUGGAAAAAUGGCAGGGGUAGGAGGAGCAGCAGCAGGAGCAGGAGCAGGAGCAGGAGCAGCAGGAGCAGGAACAGUUUCAGGAGCAGGAGAAGGAGAAGGAGAUGGAGAAGCAGGUGGGAAGGCAGGAGAAGAGAAGCAGACUGAGGGUUCCUCCCUCCGCCACGCCACAGCUCUCCCCGGCUUGUCCGGCCUCCACCUUCGGGGAUGCACUGGGGUUACCACUGAAGGGGUGUUACAGAUCGGCCGGUUGACUUCCGUUGACUCGCUUGACCUGAGCUAUACUCCUGUAGGGGAUGCGGGGCUGAGGUGCCUCGAGCCGCUGGUGAUGCUGAGGGAGUUGGAUCUCAGCGAGUGUAACCUGGUAACCGACGUGAGUGUACAGUGGAUCGUGAAGCUGAAACGGCUAAGGAAAUUAGACCUGGGGGUGUGUCUGGGGAUCGGAGAGAGAGGGAUGGAGAGGGUGUGUCGCGAGAUGAGCUGGCUAGAGGAGCUAGGGCUUUCGGGGACGGCUUUGAAUGAUAGAGGCAUGGAGAGGAUUGGACAGAUGGGGGGGUUGAAGAGCCUGGAUGUGUCACAUACGAGAGUGACUGAUGAAGGAAUUGCGUGCCUGGUUGUGUCUGAGGCUCUGACUGUUGUGGGUUGCUCCCGACUCACCGACACCGCUCUGCACCACAUUGCACACCUCUCCCGCCUCCAAGCCCUCGACCUGAGCUUCACUCGAAUCACAGGGGAGGGUCUGGUGUCUCUUAAAGCCCUGUCUUCUUCUCUUAACGAGUUGGUUCUUAGUGGGUGUGAGCAGCUGGGGGUGGAAGACAAGGGGAAGGGGAGGAAGGGAGGGAAGGAGGGAGGGAAGGAGGGAGGGGAGGAGGGAGGGGAGGAAGCGGAUGCAGGCUUGGAGGCUAUAGGGAGGAUGAGUCGACUGCGAGUGCUGGAUAUCUCCGGUUCUGCUGUCACUGACGCUGCUCUAGUGCAUCUUUCUCAGCUUAGCGCCGGCAGUGCUGAUUCCCUUUCGUCUGUUGCUUCCACCAGUGCUAGCAACACUGGCAUGGAACACAUCGGGCAGAUUCGAACCCUUCGUCGCCUCGAUCUCUCCCAGUGCCCCGUGGGGAACCUAGGCUUGGCCCACCUCCGUCCCCUCGCCUCCUCCCUCACUUCCCUCAAUCUCUCCUGGUCGGGUGUGUCUGACGAGGGGUUGUGCCAGCUGGCGGGGUACGAUUGGCUGGAGGAGCUGCACCUGAGCGGCCCGAACGUGACCCCGCUCGGGCUGAGGCAGGUUCGGGGGCUUCCGAGGCUGAGGAAGGUUCGGCUGUGGUCUGUGACUAGUGAGGUGCUGGCUGCUGCUAGGGAUGUGCUCUUGGGGGUGGUGGUGUAUUGA